AUGGCUGAAACGAAUCCAAAUGACGCAAGUAAUGACCCAAGUUCAAGUUCUUCGGGCAGUGAGGAGGAUAAGGUGAUACCAAUGGUGAAUCAGGGAGAGGAUCAGAAUAAAAACAACCAAUCCCAACAGCAAAAGACUCCCGAAGCUUCAACGGCUGAAAGUGAAACACCACCAAAUAAUGCAAUCCCAAGGGACGGAGGUUCUUGUCCUUCGUGGCUUAUCCAGAUAAUGGAUGAGGUUGAAGAGGCUGAAAGCAAUCAUUCGCAAGGGCCAAAGAUUCCGAAGGUUCCAGAAAAACUUCUUAAGAGUGAAAACAAGAACAAUGAAUGCUACAAUCCCUUGAUGGUCUCAAUCGGACCUUAUCACCGUUUGGAUCGUGUGGAGAAACUCAAGAAUGGAGAGAGUUUCAAGAAUUCGAUGACACGCCAGUUUAUCCUAGAAAGUGGAAAAGAGGAAGAAGAAUUUUACGGGGUCUGGGAGGUAGAAAAGGUGGCCAAACAAGCAAAAGAAUUCUAUGAUGAGAGUUUAAUAGAAAAGAUUGAUGAUGAUGACUUCACCAAGAUGAUGUUUAUUGAUGGUUGCUUUGUUCUCCAAUUCAUCCAUUGUGUCACGAGUAAGUAUGAUGAUUUGAAGAUGAGUGAUCAGGAAGUUGCCAAUGUGAGACGGGACCUGUUAUUAUUGGAGAAUCAGCUCCCAUAUCUGGUCCUUGAUUCAUUGAUGAAAUUGAGGUUCAAAGAAGAAGAAAGGGACAAAAUGAUUGAUGAAUUUCUACAAAUUCGCAAACCUCAUGAAUCACUUUCAAAGUUGGCCCUGCUAUCCAUUCUUUUUUUGAUAUCGUUCAUAUAUUUUUGCUGCUGCUGUUGUUUGUGCUCUUGGAAUCAGACUUCGCCGCCAUCAACACCUAAAAAGAAAAAGGAGGCCACAGGAGAUAAACAGCCUGCACAUCUCCUUGAACUUCUGUAUUCCAGAUUCAUCCCUGUAGAAACCGAGGAGUCUGAUAAAUCUGGACACCGAGGUCAUUACUUGUAUUAUUCUGCCAAGGAUCUUAAGAAGGUUGGAAUUCACUUCCGGCCAAGCAAGAGUAAUGCACUGACGAAUGUCAAGUUCAGGUCUUCAAUUUUCACUGGAACAUUGAAGCUUCCUCCAAUUACAAUAGAUAAGUCAACCAAGUCCAUGCUCUUAAACUUGGUGGCCUACGAAUCAUCUGCUGUUCCAAAGAAAAAGCAUUGGGUCACUUCAUACCUAUGCUUCAUGGAUUCACUGAUUAAUGAUGCUGAAGAUGUAAAGGAGCUGCGAUCAAAAGGCAUAGUCUAUAAUUAUCUUGGAGCGGAUGAAGAAGUUGCAAAAACUUUUAACGACAUGACCAACUCUCUGGAACCCGAGACUAAUGCCUAUAAUGAUGUUAAAAGAAAAAUUAAUAUACAGUGUGAGGAUGUUAUCAAGAAAUGGGUUGCCCAGUGGCUGCAAAAUUAUUUUAGUAGUCCUUGGGUCUUCAUUGCUCUUGUUGCUGCAGCUUUUACCAUUUUCUUAACUGCCGUUGCGACCUAUGUAGCAGUAUGGCCUAUCAACUAA